AUGGCUUCUAUUAGGGGCGUAUUAAUAGACCUUUCCGGAGUUUUACAUAUUGGAGAUAAGGCUUGUGAAGGAGCUGUGCUUGGUUUGAAAAAACUUCGUCAAACUAGUCUUCCUAUUAGGUUUUGUACCAACACAACUACACAAAGUGUUUCAAAAGUUCAUAAUUUAUUAAAGAAUUUAGGUUUUGAAAUUAAUAAAGAAGAGGUAAAACUUAUAAUUUAUUUCGAAGAAAAAGAUAAUAUUAUCUACCUAGAAAGAUUUAUCGUUUAUAUUAUAAAUAGUCCAUUAGUUUUUCUUGAAGAUGAAGCAAUUGAAGAUUUCCAAGGAGUCUCAACUAAUGAACCAAACGAUUCGGUAGUAAUCGGUUUAUCACCUUCAAGUUUUCAUUACGAGAAGCUUAAUAAAGCAUUCAAAAUAUUGUCAAAUAAUCCGAGUUCAACAUUAAUUGCAAUUCAUAAAGGAAAAUAUUUUCGGGAUGAAAAUGGUUUAAGUUUGGGUCCGGGUGCAUUUGUUGAAGCAUUAGAAUAUUCUACUCAAGCUAAACCAAUUAUAGUAGGAAAGCCAGAAAGAAGUUUUUUUGAAAUUGCUCUUAAAGACAUCAACCUAUUAGAUAAAGCAAAUCAAGUAGUGAUGAUUGGAGGUGCGAAGGAGCUGGGGCUUAUUAGAUAUCUUGUUAAAACUGGUAAAUAUAGAGAAGGUGAUGAACUUAAAAACUCUAUAGAUGGAGUUUUUGAUAAUUUUGGAAAGGCUGUUGAUGCGAUUCUAGAAAAAAAUCAACAAAAUAAUAAACCCAUAUAA